ACACAAUCACAAGUGGACAAUAUAGUAACUACUCAAGGCGGACACAUGUAAUAUCUUUUAAUCAGAAGACUACUCAUUAGGACGAACAAAGAUGGUUUGGUUUGUCAUUUUAUAAAAAGAAUAUUCGCCUUGGAUAAUCCACCUUGAGCAGAUUCUACCAUAUGCCUACGCCUGUUCAGUACGAUAUUGGAUCUUGAUGAACUUCUGACAAAAACAAUGCGAACAAAAAUACGCAUGCGGCAAUUAGCAUGCUGCCGAAGAAGCCACAUUGCAUCUACACUUUUAGGAUUUAUAUUAUUGGGUGCAGCUAUUGGAUAUUUCCACAUACGCACCAAUGACUCCAUGAUAGAGAAACUGCUGCAUUCUUUCAAAGCAGAUAAAAAGGAACUGCAGAAAUAUUUCUCAAAAAAAGAAAGUGACUCUGAAAAACAUUUCUUCACCAACGUUACUACGGUGUAUGAACAAAAGAUUAAAUCUUUUCCGGAAGUGAAGCCUUAUGAGUGGUGUUCGAAUGAGUCUUCUCAGUUUCCAUACAAUAGUACAUACGUGGAAGACAUAUUGAAAUACAAUAUCUCCUUCAUUCCAAAAGGUUAUAAAAAUCCCUGUUUCUAUGACGUGUGUAAGACGGUGGGACCUGUAUCAGUACGUUCCCUGCGUUGCCUGCCUUAUUUUCACCUAAUAGGGGUUGACAAGAGUGGAUCAACUGACCUAUUCGCUAGGAUCACACAACAUCCACAGAUCUUACCAAACCUCGGAGUACUCAACAAGGAAACAUCAUGGUGGCCGUGGACACGCUAUGGACACGGACUGAAAAGACUGGUGAGAAAAGAGCCGUUUGAUAAGUACCUGGGCUACUUCGACUCUGCAGCAGGACACAUUCAACGAACGAUUCAAGUGAACAAAAAUCGGUCAAAUCUGGAUACAGGUGAUUUGCAUCUACUCAUUACAGGAGAUGGAACGCCAAUGGACUUUUGGGACUUUUCUGGUUGGCCACAGAUCCCUCAAAAUAGAAAUCAAACCAUUCCGAAAAUACUCACUCCCCAUCUGAUCAAACAUGUGAACCCCAAUGUCAAGCUGAUCCUUGUUCUAAGGGAUCCAACGGAGAGAUUGUACUCCGAUUACCUGUUCUUGAAGAGCGGAGUACAGACCCCAGAAGCUUUUGACAAAGCUGUAUUGCAGUCACUGAUAUAUUUCAGGAAUUGCACGAGGCGUCACAACGUCCGCAAGUGUUUGUUUGACAGAGAGCUUCACACCAGUGUUCGGACACGGAUCCAUGUCAGCAUUUACAGUGUGUUUUUAAAGGAGUGGCUCAAGGUUUUCCCUCGGAAGCAAAUCCUAAUUAUUCGAUCUGAGGAUUAUUCCUACAAUAUAUCAUCAUAUCUCAAAAGAAUAUUUCAUUUUCUUGGCGUCGUUGAACUAUCGGAGAGGGACAUAACGAUUAUUUCUAAACGUGCACGGGCAUACGAAACUGGGAAAAAGAAGAAAAUCGGACCAAUGCUAAAUAGCACUAGAGUGCGACUAGACAAUUUCUUUCAGCCGUUCAAUAAGGAAUUGGUUACAAUACUUGAGGACAAGAAAUAUCUUUGGAGAGAUACGAAAGAAAAAAUGAGAAAGUAUUUAGAAAAACUGGAAAAGAAAAGAUUAGAAGAAAUCCGAAAUGAAACUAAUUCAACGGACCAUAUAUCUAAAUCUAGAACAUUGUCGUUAACCAAAGAACAAGAGUUAGAGUUAAAACCGUUCAUGAAUACAGACGACAGAACGGGGUCAAAAAAGAAAAAUAAUUCUGAAUUAUCUAAAUGGUGAUAACAAUGCUUGCUGCAUGUAUACAAAUGUGUAAUUCAUACCUUUAUAAACAUGCAUUUUGCAUUCCCGGUUUUUUCUAAUAUUUUUACAGAUUAUUUUUAUUUGAAAAGGAAACACAAAAGAAAGUGUGUACCAGCUUUUAUAUCAUGAAAUAUCUAAUAGAGCAGGACGUACAAUGUGUAAUGUAUUGCUCUUUAUUACCAUACAAACCUUAAUUGAUUUGAUUGUUUCCCUCCCUAAUAGCAGUACAUCACAUUUAAUUAUUUCACAAAUGUUAGGUCGAAUGUGAUCUGUCUCAGCUUUUAUAUAUUAGUAUUACUUAUAUACCAUGAAACCAUCGCAGUCGAAUUGACUUGACAAGUAUUGAUGCAAUAACAUUAAAAAAGGAUUGACGCUUCUAAUCAUAAUAGUAGUUUAUAAGUUUCAUUUGGUGCUGUGGAUUAUAAACUUCUAAACUGAAACAAUGCACUUUAUGUUAUAUUUUCAUUUGAUAACAUUGAAUAGCAAACAAUGGUACUCAUUCAUAUCAAAUGGCGGCGAUGGUUUGUCAAGAUGUACUAUAAUGACGGAAAUGCCAAAAUGAAUUUGCUCAUACUAAAAUACUGAAAGAAAGGCAACGAAUUUAGCUUGUUUUGUUUGAAGUUUUAUUCAGUUGUUGAUAUAACAUGUGUAUAUCUAAUUUGAAAAGCUUUUGCAUGGCGAAAACAACCACAAAUAUGUAGACUUUAAACAGGCAACUCUACACCUAACUAAUAUAGUAUAAGUGUUUACUCGUGUGAAAGCUUGAGUACAUCAAUGUAAUAAAACCCAGAGCCUCUAGAUCUCUAAACACAUAUAUUUAGGAGACUCGCACACAGGGAGGCCGUCGUUACAAUGUCCUUUAUGAUGACAAGGUAUGAACUUAAUUUGAGUGUUGCUAACGGAAAAAAGGAACGCAAAUUCAGUUUUUCUAGUUUAACUUUUAGCCACUUGGUCUAAAUUCAAUUAAAUUCACACUGAACUACCUCCGUGCAGUGUGAACAUGAUCUUCGGUUAAAAUUCAGUCUACCGUGACCCGCUCGAUGUUGCAUGCUUUCAGUAGAUUUAUCAAGAGAAACAUGCAUCCAGAGUAGUCUUGCAAUAUACACUGUAUGUGCUGGUAAAUCAUUACAAAUCGAACAUUGAAAUAGUGUAGAAACACAACAUUUCUUUUCGAAACGAUUGCACAGCGAAAUGCGGCGAUGGAGUGAAAUCGAUAAGGGAAGGGGCCAUAACUCUGAUAUUGCAGGUACAUUCGCAACGUCAUGUAGCCCAGCAAUAUGGUGUGCAUGUGAUAGCAAUGUCCUGUUUAGCUGGGCGUCUCAGAGCUAUAGGGCGAUUGAGUGACCGUCCCAGGAGAGGCACACGUCUCUCACACAUCAGUAACCAAUUUCAGACGGAGACAUUACGUCAAAUUGUCGGCACUCGUGUUUGGCCAGUUUGAACGGUUACGCAUGCGUGUCGCACGCACGGGAUGCCUUCCUUAAAUGACCUUAGCUGUUAAUAGGACGUUAAACAAAAUAAACCAAACCAACCAAGAACGGUUAAGAUUCGGUUGCGGGAGUUUCGUUGAAUGCCACGACGCCCCAAUGUUAGUCCACCAAUUACGCAGAGACGACUCCAACGUCGAAUGCUGUGGCUGCUUUCACAAGCACCCAAUCGGUUCCGUUUGGCCCAUUAGAGGUGCGUGUUGUUCACUGCUGAGUCUCGCUUUACAUGUCAGAGGGACGACAAUGUGUCUAUCGACGUCGUGGUGAGCGAUAGUAUAUUCGGGGAAGGGUCUGUUAUAGUAAAGACAGGAAUACGUUUUUAUAUCAAGGCGUGACGCACCUGCCAUGGUUAUCAAUGCUAACCUAACAGCAGUAAUAUACCGGGAUAAGAUCGUGAGACAAAAUGUUCUUCCUCUUAUCCAUCAACGUAACCUUAUAUUGCAGCAGCACAACGCGAAGCCGCCCCAUGUUGCUAGAGUUUGACGCGACUUCUUGAUUCAAAACAACCCGCAAAUUCUUUAUUGGCUACCAUACAGCCAGAUAUGUCCUAAAUCGUUUGGUUUGGUUUGAUUUGUUUAACGUCGUAUCAACAGGUCACUUAAAGACGUCAUCCCGUGCGUGCAAUAUACAUGCGUGUAGUGUUUGCGUAGGUUUGUAUUGGGAGGCUGCGAUAUGUUUAAGUGGAAUCUCCUUGUGAUGGGCCGGCACUUUAACGAACAUUUGUUGGAAAAGCUAAAGUGGAGGGUUAGGAAGUGUGUCAUCAUCCCACAUAACGUUCCUACACACACACAGGCCCUUAUUCAGGAGUGGAAUAAUAUCUCUGAAAGGUCAAUAAACACCUUGAUGAGAGUAAGAGCAGCGACUGAUGCCAGGGGUGGGCACACACGCUACUUAUUUGGAUCAGGAAACGGCGUAGGGUACAUCAUCAAAACUAUCGAAAAUAAACUUUCCGGAGUUUCUUUUUCCGCUAGCAUAUAUACAAAUGUACGUGAACCGAAAUGAAAUUAUUGAUCUUUUAGAUCUUUUCAUUCAGAUUUUGGCCUUUGUUUCAGCAUCACCGACGAGUCUUAGAAGGACGAACAGUUUUAUUAUGCAGUUAUAUUGGUUCUACCUGAUACAUGUAUAACUCUCAAUUUUAAGAUGUGACUUACAAUAGCCACAUUUGUCUUUUUCAUAGUAUUUACGAGUGUGUACCAACAGCAUUGUUUUAUUCAUUUAUUAGAUUCAUUUUGUAAUAAAAGCAGUAUCAUUUUA